CGAUUACCAACUUCUCAUGGGCCCCAUCCAGAAGGCAAGGGCCCCUGAGCAGUUGGUGCUGAGGUUCGCCCUCCUUUGCCCCAAAUACAGGUUUCCCCCUCUGUCUAGCAUGACCUGAGAUACCUAGCAAAACUUAAGGGAGUGCCAGUGGGUUGAAGUUAGGGCCUGGGUCUAUGGCAGCAGGGGCUGGAAGCACGCCUCCCCGAGUCCCAUGCUGCUUGCUCUGACUGUUGCCUAACGCUGAAGUCUAGUGGUGGACAAGCCCUUGGAUUCCCCCCAAGGAAGGGACUAUGGGCAACGGGAUGUGUUCCCGAAAGCAGAAGCGCAUCCUGCAGUCCCUCCUGCUCCUCACUGUGGUGUUUGGCUUCAUCUAUGGGGCGAUGCUCUACUACGAGUUGCAGAGCCAGCUGAAGAAGGCAGAGGCUGUGGCCCUCAAGUACCAGCAACACCAAGAGUCCCUUUCAGCACAACUGCAAGUUGUGUAUGAACAUCGAUCGAGACUAGAGAAAUCUUUACAGAAAGAAAGGCUUGAACAUAAGAAAGCCAAAGAAGACUUUCUUGUUUAUAAACUUGAAGCACAAGAAACAUUAAAUAAAGGAAGGCAAGAUUCCAAUAGCAGAUACAGUGCAUUGAAUGUACAACACCAGAUGCUGAAGAGCCAACAUGAAGAACUAAAGAAGCAGCAUUCAGACCUGGAAGAUCAGCAUAGAAGACAAGGAGAAGAUUUUAGCCAUGUGGUCAAUGAUCACAAACAGAGAUAUGCAGAGCUACAGCAAGAGAAAGAGCAGGAAUUAUCAAAGUUGAAGGAAUCCAUGUAUAAUCUGCGAGAAGAGAACAGGCAGCUGAGGAAAGCCCACCAAGAUAUUCAUACCCAGCUACAAGAUGUAAAGCUGCAGCAUAAGAGUUUACUCUCCCAACAUGACCAGCUUGUAGUGACAUUGGAAGAACACAAGAGUGCGCUAGAAGCUGCGCAGUCCCAGGUGGAGGAAUACAGGCAGUUGAAGGACACCCUGAAAAAGAUGCCUAGUUUCCAGAAGCCAGAAAGUUUUAACCAGCCGCAUGUUCAGCUAGUAACACCAGCACCUUCCCUGUUAAGUGAUUCCAAAGCACAUGGCACAGAUGUUGCUGAAAAGCAGAUUACACUGAAUGACAAUCAGCCACUAGGAGGAGAAGAAACCAACAGAGGAGUUCACUCAGAAGAUAGAGAAGAGAGAGCUGGACUGUUUCAUCUGGGCAGAAAAGAGAUUGAGGGUCACGCACUGCGGGAGUUAAAUAUCCAGGAGAAGCAAGAAGCUGGAGAGGAUGAGGAGCAACACGUGGAGCAGGUUGCAGAGGAGAACAAAAAGGAACUUGAGGAGGAGGAAAUGGAGCAAGCAGGACAACCUGAACGAUUAACAGAGGAUCUAGACCAAACUCCUGAGGAACAUAACUGGAAGGAGAAAGAUCAGACUGAAGAAGAGACCAACAUUCUGCGGGAACACAGUCAUUCAGAGGAACCUCCAACUGCAAAAAGUGUAACAAAGUACAAAUCAGCCUAUGAAGAACAGCUGGAGCAGCAGAAACUGGCCGCUCAAAGAGCAGAAGAAGCCAGUCGCCUCAGACAACGUCAGGAGUCUCUGCAUCAGGGGAGACUUCAGGAGCAGUUGCUAAGGCAGCAGCAGCUUCAAGAAAAAGAGCUGACACUACGAAGGCAGGCAGAGCAGGACGAAGAACAAUUUAAACACCGACUGAGCCAACAGUCCCAUUAUGACAACCUGGAUCAGGAUAUUGUGCAAGGAGAAGAACAAGGUGCCCAAGAAGAAGAUGAAGAAAACUAUGAGCGACAGAACCAGCAUCUAGAUGAACCAGAGGAAGAAGACCAAAAUAAUGCAAAUGAACAACAUGAUCAGGAACUGAACCAUCGAGCAAUAAGUGAGCAGAAUGAAGAACCGAAGACAGCUGGAGAUGAUGUCAACCCGGCUGAUGAUCCCAACAAUCAGGGAGAAGAUGAGUUUGAAGAAGCAGAGCAGGAGAGAGAGGAGAAUCUACCUGAUGAGAAUAAGCAGCUAAAACCAAAUAACCAGAAACAGGAGAACCCUGAAAUGGAUGAGCAUUUAGUGAUGGUGGGUAAUCCUGAUCAGCAAGAAGACAAUGUUGAUGAGCAGUACCAGGAAGAGGGAGAGGAAGAGGCCCAAGGAGAUCUGACAGAAGAGAAGAAAAGGGAGUUGGAACACAAUGGUGAAGAGCCAUAUGGUGAAAAUGAUGAAAAUGCUGAAGAGAAAAUGAGUGAAGGUGCUGAUCAGGAAAUUCCAGAUGAAACCCAUCAGAAAGAAGGUCAUGAUGAAAACUAUGAGGAGCAGGAAGAGGAGGAGGAAGAGGAGGAAGGUGGUGCUGUGGCAGCAAAAGCCCAUAGACGGGGAGAAAUGUAACUCCCAAGCUGUUUGGCACUGCUUUGAAAUAGACUAUGCAGAUGCUAGAGGAGGACAGAAUUAACCUUUUUAAAGAAAGGAAUAUAUAUGUAUUUUUUGUUCUGUUAGAUUUUUUGCUGCAUUUUUAUGAAUACAAUAUUUUAGGCUAGAGUUCCUUUUAUACACGAUUAUAUGUGACAAAAACAAACAAACAAUAGAAUACAAGAUGUGAUGUUUUCUUCCACUUUAUUUAUCCACUUUCCUUCCCCUUUAUUAUUAUUUUUUAUAAUGUCUCUUUUUUAAAAGUUUCAGCUUUGGCAUUGAGUUUCAAUUUCAGCAUUGCCCCAAUAGAGAGCAGCCUUUUAGCCUGAGAUGCCAUUGUUUGCAAAACAGCAACAAAACAAGUGCCUGAGCCUGGUGUUUUGAGGAAGGGUUGGCUGCGAUGCCUUGCACCUGUGUCUCAGUGAAAUAACUUGAUAUGCAUUCAGUUCUGUGAACCUGCCCACUCUGGUGCCUUAUCCCAUAAUCAUUUUUAUUGGCAUGAAUGUGGCCUGCAUUUUGUCUGAAGUGACCAGAUAAAAACUCUUGGUGGUUGAUGUUGCUCCUCAGUUACCAUGUCAGAAACAGCAGUGUUUUAGAAACCUUUACAUUCAGGCACACCUGUUUGUUGCAUUCCCUCCUGGGAUUUAUCUAGGAUUUAUCAAAACACAGCUUGGAAAAUAACGUUAAUUAGUUACCUCUAAUUAAUUAAAAUUUGGGGGAGGUUUUUAAACUUCAUAAUUUUAAUUGCUAAACUCCAAUGGCAUUGUUUUUGUGCAACAUCUGAUGUUUCUCAUUACUUUCACCAUUUGUCACUUUUUUAAAGAUUGUAAAUGAUUUUUUUAUUAAGUGAGAAAUUAAUUUUUAUAAAAAUAUUCUUAAUAUUUUAGUGUUAAAUUAAAUAUUUUUAGUAAUUUAAUACUAAUGUUAGUACUAACCCUAACAUUUCCAUGCUCUAUAGCCAAACAAUUAGUCCUAUCUAUGCAUCAGUAAUAUUGGAAACAUUUGCAUAUACACACAUCACAGCAAUGUGUAGUUUUAUCACAAGGCUUGGUAAUGUGCAUAACGGAGUGUCAGACUUAAAAGUUACUUUGGCCCGUUACAAACGGGCCAUAUAGUGUGCGCGGAGCGCGUACUAGGGUUAGGAAGGGGUGGUGCUUCCGCACCCCCUAACCCUAGUACGCGCUCUGCGCGCACAAAAUGAUGGCC